CAGUCUCACUUCUACAAGCACACGCUCGCACAGAUCGAGGAGCUUGAAAGCUAAACGAGAAUAGCAAAUGGAGGGGAAGGAGCAAGACGUUUCGCUGGGAGCCAACAAGUUCCCGGAGAGGCAGCCCAUCGGGACGGCAGCUCAGAGCCAGGACGGAGGCAAGGACUACCAGGAGCCACCGCCGGCGCCGCUGUUCGAGCCCUCCGAGGUCACAUCAUGGUCCUUCUACAGGGCAGGGAUAGCCGAGUUCGUGGCCACUUUUCUCUUCCUUUACAUCACUGUCCUGACAGUCAUGGGCGUGAGCAACGCCAAGUCCAAGUGCACGACCGUCGGCAUUCAAGGAAUCGCGUGGGCCUUCGGUGGCAUGAUCUUCGCCCUCGUCUACUGCACCGCUGGCAUCUCAGGCGGUCAUAUUAACCCGGCGGUGACCUUCGGGCUGUUCCUGGCAAGGAAACUGUCGCUGACGAGAGCGCUGUUCUACAUGGUGAUGCAGUGUCUGGGUGCCAUAUGCGGUGCCGGUGUGGUGAAGGGCUUUGAGGGCAGCGCCAGAUACACCCUCAACGGGGGCGGUGCCAAUGCCGUGAACUCUGGUUACACCAAAGGGGAUGGCCUGGGCGCUGAGAUUGUCGGCACCUUUAUUCUCGUUUACACCGUCUUCUCCGCCACCGACGCCAAGCGCAACGCCAGAGACUCCCACGUCCCCAUUUUGGCACCCUUGCCAAUUGGGUUCGCUGUGUUCUUGGUACACCUGGCCACCAUCCCAAUCACUGGCACCGGUAUCAACCCGGCUCGUAGUCUGGGUGCUUCCAUCAUCUUCAACAAGGACAAAGGCUGGGAUGAUCACUGGAUUUUCUGGGUGGGACCGUUCGUGGGAGCAGCUCUUGCAGCUUUGUACCACCAGGUGGUGAUCAGAGCCAUUCCCUUCAAGUCCAAUUAAUGAAUGGGUGCAAGGGUUCGUAAACGUUGAAGCUCAUCAUAUCAUCCCUUCAAGUCUGCGGGUAUCGUCGUCGUCAGUUCAUCCGCUGUUUCUUUUUUGAUUUUUUUUUUUUUACUUUUGGCAUGAUGAUGGGUCUUCUUAAUGUCCUUUUGCGCAUGUAAAGAAUGGAAUUUGUUUCUUUUCUGGGUGAUGUUGAUUAAAGGUAUCGGGGGUGGUGGAUGGGCCGGUUUUCAUCCACUUUUGAGUUGGAAGAUGGCCUGGGGGGUCUUUUGAUGUAUUGCUGUGAUUGUGUAUCUGUAAACUUUUUUCAAAAAGAACAGAAACUGAACACGUUGUGUAUCUCCCGUGUUUGGAGCUCUUCUCUUA